UGUGACCAGUGUGUGACCAGUUUGUCCGACCCUCUUUUACAAACAGCUGUGUGUGCGGGUUGAAAUGUCUCACGACGGGUUUGAUAGAUCUCGCACUUUAAAGACCUGGAUCGCUCUGAGGCGUCUGGACAAAAACGAUGACAGAGUGGUGGCUCUUCGAGAGGUAUCCAUCCCUCCAGCAGCUGAUGUAACCAUGAUCAUACAGAUCAUCACCACUACCUUUGGCCUGAACUGUAGCGAUGUAAUAUUCAAGAUCAGGAACCAUCGUGGCUGUCUGAUCCCUCUGAACAGCUCCAUGCCCGCUAACAGCAAGCACAUGCCUUAUGUGCUAGAGGUAGCCAAGAUAUUUCAGCAUGUGCGUCCCAUGCCCAGAACCAUUCCCAUGACGGUGAUCAACAAGAGCAUGAAGACCAGGCUGCAGACUAUUGACAGGAGGAUUCAAAGACUGGAGGACCUUCUGCCUCAGAUCAAUCUCAGGCGCAAUGAAAAGCUUGGCCAGGAGAUUGAAUGUCUCAACCAGAAGCUGAGGUUUCUUCAAAGGAGAAUGCAGGUUGCGGACUCUCACAGCUGGAAGGGGGUGCUGACCAGGGCUCCUCUGUGGUGAACCAACACUCACAUUUCCCACUUUGUAGAAAACACAGGCCAUCUAUAGAACUGUGGUCACACUGAUCAUUCACUGCAGAUUUGUAUCAUGUCACUAUGUCGGUUUGGAUUAUAAUAUGGAUGUCCUCAGUUCAAACGUGGCCCACACAAUAAUAGAGCAUGUUCACAUUUGUACUUCAAAUUCAAAUAUGUGCAGUGAACAGUUUAGAUGAAAUAUGGCCUGUAUUUAAUAAAGUUCUAAUUCUGACACAACUGAGGUUUUUUCUAAGUAUUACACAAUAAAACACAUAACAUUUAUUCCUCAAGUUAUCUGGAAUGAUCACAAGCGCAAAGAAAAACAGCCAUUCGGUCAUAAUCGGUCACCCUGCAGAUGCCAAAUUGUAAAGUUUCUUAAAAUCCUGAUGGUUUAAAAGGUGCAUUAGGUUAUUCUGCAAGAGAAUAGAAAUGUUAUGUUUAAAACAGUUACCGUUGUGUGAAAAUGUUAUACUUCUCUGAGAAUAAUUUUUGUAGGAAAUUAGCAACGUUAAAAUAUAUUAAUAAUGUAGAAAUAGGGAUGAAAUAGAAAGAACAUGGCUGUAGACAUUUUGCUGUUCUGCUGUAGAUGAUGGAAGAAGAUGUAUAGAUUAUAAUGGAUUUGCUAAAUUUGGACAGAAUUAAUAUUUUAUCUAUUUAUUUGAAUACAGUACUAAGACCGAGGCGCUAAACUUUUGUUGUUGUUGUUGUUG